UGAAAAUAGAUGGCUGAUCAUACAAAAAGAAACCUGAGACACAAGAUUCGUAGAGAAAUAGUGCUUGAUGAAGAUACCAUGAGAAACUGAGUCGAAAAUAUUAUCCAAAGAGAUUACUUCCCUGAUCUGUAUAAACUCCAAGAGCUUAAAAAGUUCUUAAAGCUAGAAACAGAGAUGAGUAGAGCUAGCGCACUAAAGAAUAUUCCAUCCGUUCUAGCCAAAUCUACUCCAAUGCACGAUGAAUAUGACCCAGUUAAAAGAAUAAUGACUAAAGCUUUAAAUAUAUCUGAAGGAAUAGAGAUAAAUGAAGAUGAUGAAAAAUGAAAAAAACUCACUCGUGGUUUAAGCUUAGACCAAUUUUUAACAAAAUACACAAGUGAAGAUACCUCUGCAUUUUUGAAAUUACAAGAAAAAGAUCAGGCAAAACUUCGAGAAAGAAUCGAAUGGAUGUUUUCCCAAGCUGAUAGGGCUAAUCAAUUGAACCAACUUGCCAUAGAAGGAGGUGGAAAAGAUGGAAUCAAAGAAAUUGAUUCUGCUAACCCUAAAGCUAUUGAAUCAGAUCAAAAACUUCUUGCUAUAGGAUACUCUAAAGGAGAAGGAAAAGUUUCAGACUCAAAAGUAAUAGCAAAACUUGAUGAGAAUCCUGAUAAAGAAAAAGUUAGAAUCCCUCAAAUGCAGAUAUGCACAUCUGAGGCUAAAAAUAGUCUAUUCUUCCAGCCUGAGGAUAACUAUGUUCCUGUUCUGACUCUUGAUGAAAUUGAAGACAGAGUAGGGAAAGAUAAAGAAAUUAAAAGAGCAAAUACCAGACUUCCAACAGAGUUUUACACUGAGUUUAUGAAAGAUAGGAGUCAAAAGAAAAUAGUUCAUGAAAUAGAUCUCACUGAGGAACAACUCAAAGAUGGCCAUAAUUAUAAAGGAAGCACUCCUAUCGUCCAUGGCUACAAACUUGUCAAGAAAAUGGGAAGAGAUGUUGAAGAUAUGCAGCAAAAUCAAAAAUUUGAUCCUGUUUUGGCAAUGCAUAAACUCAAAAAUUUCUUAGAAAAAGGUGAAUCUGAUGAGAAAUCAGGAGGAUUUAAGAUUCCUAAAAGCUCUACCAGAGAACAACUCAGCCACCAGAUGGUGCACCAAGCUGAAUCUAGGAAGAAAAGAGAACAAAAAGCUAAAGAUAAAAAGAGAUUAGAAACUCUUCAAAGAGUUGCGGGGACACCUUCAAGAGCAAAGAAAGGAUAUGAUGGUUUAUCAGAUGCAGCAAAAAGGUUGGCUUCUUCUGUCAGAGGAGGAAGUGGUCUCAGACAAAGCAUUCUCAGAUCAUCAACUAGAAAAGGUGGAAUAACAGAUAAAGUUACCCCUAAUGUAUUUAAGCGCUAAUUAUUAGAAUUUCAACAAUCA